GACAAAAGCGGGAGUCAGAUUCAUAUAGGAGUGGCGGGGAAUAACUUCUCAUAUCCUCAUAUCACAGUCGCAAAGCCACCCCAGCGAAACUUCAAUAACUCUGCACUCCUUUCUGGACAUGGGUUGUUAUGAUUGCUGUGUCCGGUGCAUUGGGGCAGUGCCCUACCCGUCCCUGGUGGCCACCUUGCUGUGCUAUGCUGGCAUGGCAUUAUUUUGUGGCUGCGGGCACGAAGCGCUGGCCCAGACCGCAGUUCUUGUUGAGACUUACUUCGCCCGCAACCCUCAGGACUAUGAGGUCAUGGCGUCCUUUAUCAAAUAUUUCCAGUUUGUGAUCUAUGGCCUGGCAUCAUUUUUCUUCCUCUUUGGUAUCCUGCUGCUGGCUGAGGGCUUCUACACCACGAGCGCUGUCAAGCAGACCUUUGGUGAAUUCAGGAGCACCCACUGUGGACGCUGCCUCAGUCUGACGUUCAUCAUAGUGACGUAUAUCUUGGCCUUCAUCUGGCUGGUGGUGUUCGCCUUCAGUGCCAUCCCGGUCUUCUUCCUGUUCAACAUGGAGCAGACCUGCCACAACAUCAACAUCCUGGCCGAGACAACCCCCAGCAUUAAUCAGCACGGCUGGAUUUGCAUGGACGCCAGGCAGUAUGGUCUCCUUCCUUGGAAUGCAAUGCCAGGCAAAGCUUGUGGAAUGACCUUGACAUCCAUUUGCAAAACCAGCGAAUUCUACGUCACCUAUGACUUGUACAUUGCUGCAUUUGCUGGUGCUGGGGUCACUCUCUUAGCACUGUUUGUGUAUCUGUUUGCCACCACCUACAACUAUGCCGUCUUGCGGUUUCUGGGCAGAAAAGGUGUCCGUUAACCCCGACCUCUUCAUCCCAGUCAACCCCAUCUCCUGGCUACGAGAUGGACGGUCAACACCUUUCCAACCGUAGAUUUCCUUUCCUCCAAAACCUGGAAUCCCCUGCUUGUAAUUCUGUUAGGCCUGUCCGAUAACAGCAUCAGUGUUUUGUAUGAACAACAGACAGAGAGAUGAAGAUAAUUCACCCCCCAGCAGCGAAUCCUCAUCUCAGAUGAUUCUCUUAGAUUUGUUGUUCACUUUCCUUUUGCAGCUUGAUUCUUUUUUUCAUGAGGCUUCACUGGUGCAGAUGCUGUCGUCGGAUUGUGAUGUAUGAUGUUUUAUGAAUAAUUAAGAGUAAUGACACCUCAUCUGGAAAAAUACUAAAACACCAUCCAGUGUUUACUGAUGGGUACAUGGGCCUUGAAUGGGAUUUUUCCGCAGCCUCAUUAUCACCACCUUGUGUAUUGUGUGUGUACUAAAGUAUAGCUGAAUGUACAUAUGUUCUCUCCUAUCUUCCUCUUUGUGUCACUUACAAAACAUGCAAUUUUAAUGCAUUUUUGCUUUGUUUAAAUACCACUGCUGAGGUGAUGUUGCACAUGUGUAUCCAUUUCCCGGAGGUUUUUCAGUUACUGCUUGAAAUAAGCUAUUUUUAUGCCACUGAGGUGUUGACGCUUCGAUAACUUGACCCCAAGUGUUUGACGU